AGGGUUUCGUCACAUGGCUUGACUUGGUAACAUACUUGCAUCAUCAUGGUCAUGAGGAUAAACUCCCAUGGUAUCGCGGAAAGGAAUGGAGUUUUCUAAGGGGAGGACUAACACACGUAAUCGCGACUAUGGAUGGAUCUAUAACAUCCAUCAUAACAUCGGAACUCAUGUACCAAAUACGCAAUUUUUGAAAGCAAUUGCUUGCUUAAAGGCUUCGGCAGCGUACUGGAGGGGAAACAAAGAUCGUGAGAGCUUACAAAGAGUUUAUGGGAUAUCUUACCCUGACCAAAAGCGUCUGAAGGUUAUUUUUUUAAUCACUUGAAUGUUGAGUUAUAUA